AUGCCUCCAAGACUAAUAAUAGUAACAUCUUCAAGACCAACAAUAAUAAUGCCUCCAAGACUAGCAAAAGUAAUGCCUCCAAGAUCAGCAAAACUAAUACCUUCAAGACCAAUAAUAGGAAAGAUAGCUAUAGUAUAUAAAACUCUACUAUUUCAUAUAUAUUCGAAGUCAGAAAAAAUAAAACAUAUAAAUGAUUACUUAUGUAGUAAUAUUUUAUUUAAAUUAGAUGAUUCGACCUAUGACUCUUUAGAAGAUGAUGUCUAUAACGUUGAUGAAGGCAGACCCUUGGACAAUCUUUCAAGAAAAAACUUAGAAAGGGAAGAGAAAAAUGAUAAUAAUAAUUAUAGGAAUCCUGCUGAAUGGCAGGAAAUGUUGAAUCAAAAUUAA